GACGGUCGACAUUCUAGUCGCCAGCCGCCACCCAAUACCACCGUACCCCGCCAUUCUAUAGUUGCACGCCGUACGCACUAUACUACGAUCAAGCCGCACGAAAAUGUAUUACGCGUUUUAAAUGUGCUAAAGUUUUAAGUGUGUGUUCGUGUGCCGAAAUAUAAAUAUACAUUUUUCAAUACCCAAAGUUUAAAGAAAAAUAAUGAUGGCUCCCGAGACAGUGGUAACAGUCGAUGGUAGUAAUAAACCCGCUAACCAAGCGGCGUCGCCGCAACAGCAACAAGGCGGUGCAUUGGACUGGAUCAAAAUCGACGUAGAAUACUUUAAAUCAACACCGGGCUUAUUAAAAGUUAUUGAAUUGAUUGUCGGCAUAAUAUGUAUGUCUCUGGGCACUCCAUACUCCUCGUCAUGGUACGUGUUCGUGGCUGUGACUGCAUUUAUCACCACUCUCAUGUGGAGUUUCGUGUACCUACUGAGUGUCAAGGACGCUUUGAAGAUACCGAUCAAUUGGGUUUUAUCUGAGCUGAUAAGCACCGCUAUAGAGACGCUGUUCUACCUGAUAGCCUUUAUCGUGAUGUUUACAUCGAUAUAUGGCACCUAUGGACGCAACGUUGCUGCUGCAGUAUUCGGUAUCUUCAACACCCUGGCAUAUGGCUACAGCUCCUACUUGCUGUACAAUGAGCACAGAAACGGUGCCUCAGGCUUGGCGUGAGCUUAAUAAGGCUUGAGCGGCAAAUAACCUCCGAACAAUAUUAAGUUUAUUAUGGUUUAGCUGUAAUUUUAAAAUUAUCUCAAUGUACAGCCAAUAUUAUAGUUUUGCACCGUUUGACGAAUUAAUAUGCGAUUUUUAUGAAUUAAUAAGAUUUAAUGUUAGUUUAUUAACGAAAUUGAAAUUAUUUUAAUGGCCAUAAAAUACCAAUGAUAUUGGUUACAGGUUAUAUUUAUUAUUGUUCUGAUUGUGUUCAUCGUGACUAUUGUUUUCUUUUGAAACUUUUAUAUUUUUGCUGAAUUUUCAAUCAUUAACGCGCCUUUCAAACGCUUAUCUUUGACCCUUAAUACUUAAUUUCAUCUCAUUAAAUCUAUAGCGUAGUUUGACUGCGUUUGACUAAUUCCCGGAAAAGAAACCAAAUUCAUACAUUUUGUUAUGUCUCUAAACAAAUGAUCUUUAUAUAUAAAUAUCAAAUGUAUAAAUAAGCACGAAUUCAGCUUAGUUGUUGUCUACUGGAAACUAGAAACUGUUAUCGAUUUCUCUGAUAAUCUAGUGAGUUUUGUAGUUAAAAAGAAUACUUGAAUUUUUGUUAAACGAUUGAAAAUUCAGCUUCUAGCUUUCUAAGUUAUGUUUGUGUAUACUUUCAGCUAUUAGCCCAAAGUUCACAGGUUUUCGUUAAAUAUCACUAAGCUUACAUUAACACGAGGUUAAACGGUUAUAUUCGGUGAGCUUUGGUAUUAAUGUUUCUUGUACUGAGUACGUCAUACACCGUCCAAGUUUGUUGUCAUUUGACAUAGUUUAUUAAAGUUACACGUAUUUGCAUGACUGCACAUUUCUUUAAUUAUAAAGCCUAGUCGAGAAUAAGGAUUAAUUCAUAUUCAAAAAGGUUACUUGUUAUAUACUUUAUAUGUAUUACUUGGGGGUUUAAAGGGUUACGUAAGAAAAGGCAACAGUUUGGCAUUUCAUUUUUUAUAUUUAGAUUUACGGAGUUUAAAUUUUUUAUCUCGAAUAUAAUUAAAUUUCGAUGAGAAGUUUCUUAUACUUAGGUUAUAUCUAAUUAUUAAAUCGAGUACCUUCUGAGAGUAUAUUUCACAAUAUUAGAUUAAUUUAUAAACUAAUUUGUAAAAAGAUAAUAAAUGUAUGUUAACAAA